AUGAAUUUGACAGAUAGACCACAAUCACUCGAAGAAGCAAACCCACUCGUUAACGAUUAUAUGGAGAGUGAUGGAUCUUCAAGAUGUACACAGCAAGGACAAGUAUUGACUAAUUCCGUGCAUAAACUGGUUCAAAAGUGGUAUGAUCCGUUUUUACCAGCUUCCUUAAUUCGAGCUGUCUUAAACGCAAUUAUUUAUGUUGUCGGCGGUGCAGCAUUUCAGCAGAAACUUGGCUUACCAGUGCCAUCACGAUUGUCAUGGUAUGCUAUCUAUGCACUGGUGAUUAUUCGACGCAAUAUAUGCAAUUCGUUCCACCACGCAGAAACAUUCACCGUCCCCUCCGAUAAUCUUAUGGACAAAGAUUACAAAUGUCCAGUAUCUAGAGCAAAUUUUUUCCAAGUGGGACCAUUGGAACUUAUCGCAACAUUUGUGAAAAAUGCAUAG